AUGCUUGACUCAUUUCCCGUAAAAAGGGACCUGGAGGAUGAGAUCAGCAAUCUUUUCAUAGAUCUCCAGGUUGCCCUUGAGAAAACCAAAUUGGCCAAGGCACAGCGAAAAUCAUACAGAAUCACGACAUCCAAGGGAGAAGAGGAGGUCGAUUCAUGGAAAUUCAACGAGUUCGCCUAUUCCGACAAAUCCAUACUUCUCCCAUUGCGAGCACGUGGUGUUUUCACCAAGGACGGCUCAAUUAUUGCUCGUGGAUACGACAAAUUCUUCAGUGUGGAUGAGGUCGAAGAUACCAAGAAGGAUGCAAUCAUGAAGUUGAAGGGACCUUUUGAGGUUACUACCAAGGAGAACGGCUGCAUUGUGUUGAUCUCAGGACUUGAAGACGGUACGCUUGUGGUUUGUUCGAAACACGUCACAGGCGAGCCAAUUGGCGAAAGUCCUAACCGUGAAAGCAACAUCAAACACUCCCGUCAAGCCGAAAAGGCCGUUUUUGAGCAUCUAGAGAAGGCAGGCAAGAAAGCUGAAGAGUUGGCGAAAGUUUUGUAUGACCACAAUGUGACUGCUGUGGCCGAGCUCUGUGAUGACGAAUUCGAAGAGCAUAUCGUGGAAUACCCCAAGGAGCUAGCAGGUCUUUACUUGCACGGAAUCAAUGCAAACACUCGUGAUUUUUACACAUACCCCAUGGAGGAUGUUUUCGAAUUGGCGGACGAGUUCGGCUUCAGAAAGGUGCAUCUUGAGCGUUUCGAUAGCAUUGAAGAGCUCUGGGAGCUUCUAGAAGAGAGAUCAAAGUCAGGAAGCUACCAGGGAAGAUUGGUUGAAGGCUUCGUUGUAAGGGGGAAGAAGGAGCUGGGUGAACCGUUUUUCUUCAAGUACAAAUUCACCAGACCCUACGAUUUGUACCGUACACUCAGAGAAGCCACAAAGAAACUAGUGGAGCAAACCGAAGCCAAGAUGGAUAUCGCUCUUGGUGAAAAAAAGUAUGCCCUGGUUGUCAAAGCGUAUCUUGAUUUUGUGGAGGAUUACUUCGAGAAGAACCCGGAGGCAGCGCAGGAGUUUCUCAAUGAUAAGGGUAUCAUCAAGGCCAGAAACUUGUUUUUGGAGAGCAGCGAGAUUGUCACAGAAAGUGGGUUGACAUUGAACGAGCUUGAAGCCACUGAGUUGCUUGUUGAAAGGCUAGAGGCGUUCCACAUCGAAACCGCAAAGAAGUACAUUCUUGUUCCUAUAGCGGUCGUGGGAAGUGGAAAGACAACUGUUUUCAAAACGCUUCAGAAUCUCUUCCCUCUGUGGGGCCAUGUGCAAAAUGAUAACUUCCAAACACCAAAGCCAUUUAGAGAAGAGUGUAUCGAUAGUCUUCUGAAGCUGACAGUCUUACUACUUGAUAGAAACAACGCCAUGAAAAGGGAAAGAAGAGAGAUUAUCGAUCAGCUCAAGAAGAUGAGACUAGGCAAGAUCUUGCCUGAUUUUGGCUUUCGCUUCAUUGGAGUGAACUUUGGAGCAGCACAGAAGAGUCCAGAAUUUGAAAGGAUUGUCUCUGAGAGAGUUAUGAAGAGAGGUGAUGAGCACCAAAGCAUCAAGGCUUCAUCACAGGAGGCCAGAACGUCGCGUAUUGUUUCAGACUUGGUAAGAAGACUCGAACAACCAAACUUGAAGAACAAAAGCGAAUCGAAGGAUGCAGAGAUCGUGCCUUUGUAUGAGCAGGAUGAACUUGCUUUCCCUGAUGACAAGUUCUAUGAAGUGAUCAAUGUGGACAUAACAAAGCACGACUCAUUGGAGAUUGCAAAACAGAUUUGGGAGUACCUCAAGGAUGUACCCGAACUUGAGGAAGAGCGUAAUCCGACCGAGGAGGAAUGGCAGGCCGCUUACAAGGAGGCAUUAGAAUAUAAGCCUACAUUUCAGAAAAAAAUGCCCGUUAACUCGCACAACGGCAAAAGAGCCGAGUAUUAUGGCAUUAACAUCGAAGAUAGAGAAGCAUUGGUCGAGCUCUUGAGAAAGAGUCUUCCCAACAACCCCACCUGGGAAUCGAUACAAACAAAUGGCAGAGUUCAGGAAGAAUUUCACGUCACUCUUGGCCACAAAGAUAGCAUAUAUGUCUAUGAGCAGAAGAAGCCGGAUUGGGAGGCCUUGGGUCGGCAAUUCGGAAUGAACCAGGCCAGAAAGAACUCGGGCGAGGACAAGAAGGUGUCAGUGGACUACUUCUACGACAUCAGAUUGACCAGAGCCAUCAUCUUUGACGAAAAGCUUGUCACAAUCGAGGUCAAACUCGAACAAGGUUACAAAACCGACGAAAACCAGAACAUCGUCAAGGAAAGAUCACAGAUCAACCCGCUCAACGAGCAUUUGCAUAUCACCAUAGGCACCGUUUCAGAGGCCAUCCGAGCCGCAGAACUGAACGCCGCCCUUACGGAGCUUUUCCUUAAGUAUGAGAAUCCUGAGGAUGGUGAGUAUAAACUCAAGGAGACCACUGCACGGGUGGUUUCGCUUGAUAGAGUCUUGGAAAAACAGAAGGUGUUCAUCAUGUUCACCUACGAUUUCUAG